AUGGCACUUCUACAACUACAGAGAGUUGGUAUCUUGGAGUUUUUGGUCAGUCAAAAUGUGGAUGGUCUACAUUUAAGGUCUGGAUUUCCCAGGGAACAGCUUGCAGAACUCCAUGGAAACAUGUUUGUUGAGGAGUGCACCAAAUGUGGCAAACAAUAUGUUCGAGACUGUGUUGUGGGAACGAUGGGAUUAAAACCUACUGGAAGACUUUGUGAUGUUCCCAAAGUUAGGGGCCUACGGUCAUGCAGAGGAAAGCUGAUUGAUACUAUUCUGGAUUGGGAGGAUUCUUUGCCUGACAGAGAUUUAAAUUUAGCUGAUGAAGCCUGCAGAAAAGCAGAUCUGGCAAUCACACUUGGAACAUCACUUCAGAUUAAACCCAGUGGAAAUCUUCCUCUUUUAACCAAGCGUAAAGGUGGAAAGUUAGUCAUAGUCAACCUGCAACCAACCAAGCAUGAUCGGUAUGCUGACUUGCGCAUUUAUGGUUAUGUCGAUGAGGUGAUGGCACAACUUAUGCAACAUCUAGAUAUUAAAAUACCUAUAUGGACUGGCAUAUCUACUAAAAUAGAAUCAAGUGAGCACAAUCCUGAAUCCAAAGUGGUAUCAAACUGUAACGGAGAUCUGGCUUCUUUAGAGUGCAAAGAGAGUAAGCGGGAAUGUUGUGUCGAGAUCUCCAGUCUGCCAAAGCAAAGUUGA